AUGAAUGCUAUACCAGUGAGCACCAUAAAUUACAAGGGCAUUUCGAUAUUCGAAUUCAGGGACGGCACAUUGUCGCUUGUCUUCCCCUUAGGACAGGGUGCUAUUCAUACAAUCGGAGAUGAUAACGGUAGGGACCUUGUUCAAUCUCUACCAAAUCAGACUGCAAUACAAGUACGGCCAGAUGCCUGGAAGGUCAUUAAAGUACUUCCCAGAGCCCGUUCCAUGUAUGACCACUCUCAGUUCAAGCCCGACGCCCCCCGCAGACCUAGGCAAUCACAUAAUCUACAUGGGAUCCUGACUGUGUCCCCGCAUGGCAAAGCCGCCAUAGACGAAGCCUGGAAUGAUGGACGGGAUGAAGCUCGGCAUGCGGCAGAUCCGAACUUCACAAUCCGCAGCCAGCCUGCAAUCUCGGGGGCCUAUAUUGGAUAUUCUCUGUAUAUGGCCGGUCCAGUCAUUGUGAGACCACUCCGAUCAAACUCUACCAGCACGGAAGCGCGGCUCAACGUCGUUUCUUUCAAUUUCAAAGGCAACGAGUUCAGGGUUGAGCCUGGCACACAAAUCGCGGGAAGUCGCACUAUUCCGCAUUUCGCAUUCACAAUGCCAGCCAACCUAAAGGCAAUCAAACAAUGGGCGGCUGGUAGUAGCGUCGGUGGUGCAUUCACGACGAUUUAUAAUGGAUCUUCGCGGGACCUAUCAACCAUCCGCCGUUCGACGCUUGAAUCAGCACAAGCCCUUCUUGCUGGACAGGGUGUGAACCCUGUGACUAAACACGAAGCACUGUCCCUGCAAGCCUUCAAUGAGGCUGUCGUUAACCCGAACGCACUCUUGAACCCGAAUGCAGCAGAGAGCCCUCUGAAUCCAAGGCAUUCUGAGUUGUUGUGUGACGGGUCCAUCUUGCGUCGAGGAUAUGCUGAUCUCUCAGGCUUCCGAUACGCAGUCCCUUAUGUUAAGGCCCUUGAAUUCCCACAAGAGUUGACAAGCAUUCUUUACGAAUUCACUAAACAAUUCUCUCAAGAUCUCUUCACAUUGGAGUCGCUAUAUCUAGCUUUAUACGCUUGGUUUGACACAGUCUCCUCGCCUUCAUACAACACAGAGAAGGCGCUUCUAGAAGGAUCUCGCGUCACAGCUGCAUACCUUGUUCCUGCAGCAUCUCUUCCGGAGUGUCUAGUGUACUAUACACACUGGCUACGUUGGACAGAAGAAAUGGGACUUGCUGAAUAUCCCCAUUUCUUUCGAUUUAUUCGACAAGCUGUUGAUACCGACAGACGUCAUUUGUCUCUCGUUGUUAAUAAUUGUCUGGAUGAAGCCCGCAUCAAAGACCUAAUGCUAGGUGCUAGAUCCAAGUCUUCUCACAUUAAUGUGAAUGAUAGGCUCCUCGUGCUUCCUCACAUGAUGCGAGACAGUCAUAUGCCACGAAUGACUCAUAUUGAGCCUUACCGGUUCCCGACCCCUGAGGAACUACUGCUGACGGGGCUUCCGUCGGUGAAACAUUGCGGUACACCAACGUACGAGCAUCUUACCUCCGAGUCGCUUGAGCCUAUUCGCCUAUGCAUUCCAGCUGCAUUGGCAGACAAUUCCUUCCACGGCACAUCUGAACCACUCGGAGAGGACCAAAGCACAAUAAAGUCCUUGGUCAAAGGCCUUGAUGGCCACCCCCGGAUUAUCACUUCAGAGAAAGUCAAAUGUGGCAGAUUUUGGAUGCUCGACUUGGCGUCCGUUGCCAGCGGUUCUGCUGUGCUUGGAAGUCUGGGUCCUCCUUCCGAAAUGAUAGACCCUUUGUUGGAUAUCGGAGGGGCUCUUCCACCUUCUAUGCAGUGUUCUCACCUUUUCCAACAAAGACAUCUGCUCGCCAUUGCGGUUAAAGCAGGGGCCAUCAAGGUCAUGCCUGGACACGCCUUUCUUGUGAAUGAGAGAGGAUUUUGCGUGGCCGUGGGAUUCGAUGUCAUAUCUGCUGAGAGAUUCCAAACUCAACCACCAGAGAUAUUGUAUGGAGAAGGAACUCAAGAAGCGCUUCAACAAAUGGCGAUGGAAGACAUCACCUUUCACGCUGCGACUGAUCCGCAAGGACCGUCCCCUAUUGCUGAUGAAGUAAUUGCGACCAUCUCCAAGGCACCCGCCAUGCGUCAUGUCAUCUGGAACCAAGUCCUAGGUACAUUACGCACGGCGCCGCCCAAAGGACGUACACCAGCCAGACUGGUGGAGUUACUUCAACCCGCUGUUCUAAAAGAAGAUCAAACAUGGACAUGGUUGGAGGAAUUUGAUGAGCAGUUGUCCAAGGAGAAAUUGGUGCGGAUAGUCAGCGGAUCAUUGGGCCAGCGAAUCCGAGAACUAACGGGUCUCGAGGCUUCACAUGCAGACCCGUUCAGGACCAUCGAGGUCGCUCUACCUAACGUAUACGAAGAUAAAAUACUCCCAUUGUGUUAUCUCAUGCAGCGCAUCAGGUCUGUGGAAGAGCCUGAGGCCUCAAAGGCAGAGGCUUUCAGGAGAUUCAUGAAACGUUGGAAGGAUCUCAAGAGAGAACUCAAGACGAACAAGCUAGCCCCUUGCAUGAGAGAGUAUCUCGACCGCUUACAGGGUACGCCUCUUCCUCCAAAGAGGGAGCACAUAUCUGAUUCCCAUGAUCUUCAUCGUCCUGGCGCGUCUGUCUGCAUCGACCUUACUAUGGACUAA